CUUGCUUCAUUACUUGGCUGACAAGCAUAGACACCGCUCCCUUUGUCUCCUCUCAUAGAAGGACAACCCUUCUUGGCCAUGGAAGUGUAUGACGAUAGAGACGACGUGCAGGAGACUGCGCUUUCUCUUCGACUCAAUUAUGACGGCGGAAGUAGUCAUAUCUCGACCGGCGAUCAUCCCCGGCCACAGGCUGCUACCCCUGUUGAGCCCUCUCUGACGCUUGUCCUCCCAAGCAUGGCCUGUUCGGUGAGUGGAGUCGUCGGCCGGAUGUCUUCUUCUCGUAGUGUGAUAUCAUCGAUUUCCGGUGGUCGUCCCUCUAAGGUUAAGAGGGAGAACGAUGGCAGGAUCAGCGAUGAGGAGGAAGACGGUGCAGCUAGGAAGAAGCUCAGGCUCACCAAGGAGCAGUCUGCCCUUUUGGAAGACAAGUUCAAGGAGCAUGCUACUCUCAAUCCGAAGCAAAAACAAGCUUUGGCCAGGCAAUUGAACCUUCGUCCUCGGCAGGUCGAAGUAUGGUUCCAGAACAGGAGAGCCAGGACAAAGCUCAAGAAAACCGAAGUCGAGUGCGAGUUCCUGCGAAAGUGCUGCGAGACGCUGAGAGAAGAGAACAGGAGGCUGCUGCAGGAGAUACAGGAGCUCAAGUCGCUCGACUUUCAAGCGCCCCGAUACAUGCAUCCCCCCGGGGGCGCCGCCGCCGGUACCUUCCAGACGUGCCCAUCGUGCAAGAACAGAGACGAAGGCGGAUCUCCUGCGGUGGCCCCGAAGACUCGCUUCUUCAACCCCUUCGCCCACUCGGCAGCGUACUGAUCGGGAGGCAUAAUAGCCUUCUUCCUUUACUUAGGGUUCGGGCGAGAUGUAUGUCUGAUACUUGCCGUGAGUUCCGUCAUAUACAAUGUCUCGUAUUUCUCUUGGUUUGAUUCCAUAUUACCUAUGAAGAACACAAACACAAAUCAAUACUUGUUAAAUUUUGUAUGUUAGUCAAUCGAUGUACAGAGAUCUCAAUAAUGAAUAUUGCCUGAAGAACACUAGCUUUAA